AUGGACACUGCGGAGGUAAUCCUCUCUGUGUUGGUGGUUGUGAUCAUUAUAGUGUCGUUGCUGUCCAACGUCCUGGUGCUGGUCUGCUUUCUGUACAACCCGGAGAUCCGCAAGCAGGUGCCGGGUCUCUUCAACCUGAACCUCACCUUCUGCAACCUGUUGCUGACGGUGUCCAACAUGCCCCUCACUCUGGUGGGACUUGUCAGCAACGCGCAGCCGGGGGGAGACGGCUUCUGCCACACCGUGGGCUUCCUGGAGACCUUCCUGUCCACCAACUCGAUGCUGAGCAUGGCAGCGCUGAGCAUCGACCGGUGGGUCGCGGUGGUCUUCCCGCUGAGGUACCACUCCAAGAUGCGCCACAAGGACGCGGCGUUCGUCCUGGGCUACACGUGGGCGCACUCCAUGUCCUUCUCCACGGUGGCAGCCUGCCUCUCCUGGGUGGGCUACCACCGGCUCUACGCGUCCUGCACCCUGGCCAACCCCAGGGCGAGCAGCCGGACCCAGUUCGUCAUCUUCACCGUCUUCUUCCACUCCUUCACCUUCCUGCUGUCUCUUAUAGUGCUGUGUGUCACAUACCUCAAAGUGCUGAAAGUGGCGAGGUUUCACUGCAAGAGGAUCGACGUUAUCACAAUGCAAACUUUAGUGCUGCUGGUGGAUAUUCACCCCAGCGUUCGCCAGCGUUGCCUGGAGGAGCAGAGGAGGCGACGGCAGAGAGCGACGAGGAAGAUCAGCACCUUCAUUGGCACCUUCAUGCUCUGCUUCGCUCCCUAUGUGAUCACGAGGAUCGUGGAGUUAUUUCCAGCAGUGCCUAUCAACCCUCACUGGGGAAUUGUCUCCAAGUGCUUAGCUUAUAGCAAGGCGGCCUGCGACCCCUUCGUGUACUCCCUGCUCCGACACCAGUACAAGAAGACGUGCACUGACAUCAUCAACAGGCUGCUGAAGCGUAGCUCCCUGAACACGUCCGGCCGCGGCCACCAGACCCAUGGCAACAGCAUACCGACCGCGGAGUGA